AAGCCCACGGUUUGCACGAGUUGUUUCGUUUCCCAACCGAUGCAAACCAUCGUCAUUCUCAAAUUGUCUUAUUAUUACAACCCUUUGCUUCUUACAUCUCUUCAUUAUUAACUCAUACUCGCCAACUUUCCUCUCUGCCAAUCCCAACCAAAACUCUGAAAACCCUCACUGCGUAGCCAUGGACGUUAAUCCCAAGAUCUCAAAACGAGAUCCCAAGAUCUCAGAACGAGAUCCUUUCUCAACGUUAGCAGACUCCCUGCUUUACAUCAUCGUCUCCUUCUUGCCCUUCAAAGAAGCGGUGAGAACCUCCAUCCUGUCAAAGCAAUGGCGUUACAUCUGGCGCUCCACGGCCAACAUCGAACUUGACGAAAGUUUCUUCGUCAAUCAUGAAGAAUCCGACCAAAUCAGGGAGGAACGGAGGAGGGAUUUUCUCGAAUUUGCAAAGGAAUGGAUUCGGAGUUACCAGGAACCCACCGUUAAAAACUUUGCCUUUUCCUGCUCUAAACCAGGAAAAUUCCUGACUGUCAUUCAGGAAUUCAUCAAGUUCGCCCUCAAGCGGAACACCAAAGGAUUAGCCCUCGAUUUUUCUGAUCCGGAGUGGAAGGAAAAUGAUACACCCUCAGGCGCCCUGAAUUUGCCUUCGGAAUUUUACAAGCACGUAAGUCUUGAGUCUUUGAAGCUUGUUGCAUGCAAUCUUGAUGUGUCUGCUUUCAAUUUCAGAAACAUAAAAGAUCUUUCCCUCGGUUGGAUCGAACUCAACGAGAGUUCAAUGAAGACUCUGUUGAACAACUGUCCGUUGCUGGAGAGUUUGUGUCUAAAAAAUUGUUGGAAUAUGUUUCAACUAAUAAUCACCGAUACCAUUAAUCCAAGGCUCAAAAAAUUUGUGCUCGAAAAAUGCAUUUUCUUUGGUGGUCCUAACUGGGUCUAUAUCGACGGACCGAGCCUUCGUUUCUUCAAGUAUUCUGGUCUUGUUGGCUACUUUAAGAUGGAAAAUCAGAGGUGUAUUGAAGAGGCAGAACUGGAUUUCGGAUCGGAGCCAGAGUUUGACAUGUUAGGCGAUCUUCUUUGUGAACUCCUGGAACAACUUUUCUCCGCCAAGGUUUUGACAGUCGAUAGUGUCUUUCUUCAGGUGGUUCCUUGUGGGACUGAGCCAUUGCGUACAUCAAACCCCCUCAACACCAAGCAUCUUAUUUUGAAGACUUCAAUACACAACAAUGAACUUCUUGGAAUCAAAUUCCUACUUGAGAGUUGUCCAUUUCUUGAGACUCUUACUAUUGAUCUUGGUCCUUCAAGAAUCUUCCCUGAUUAUGUGCCUCCAUUUCAGUUUACUCCAGCCUAUUGUUGGACCAGGGACUUGGUGUUACACAAGUGCUUAAUGAGAAGCAUGAAGGUAAUUGAGGUAAAAGGCUUCAAGGGCACCAUGAAUGAACUUCUCUUCUUGAAAUAUCUGCUCGUGCUUGGACUUCUAUUGGAAGAGCUGAAAAUUUACCUGUCAAAUGACGUUGAUGAAGAUGGUAAUAACAUAGAAACUUAUCGAAAGAGGGCAAUGGAAAGGGUGCUGCCAUCCAUAAUAAGCUCCAAAAAACUACAGAUCAAUUUCAUGAAUUAGGGAAUGCGGUGUGGCUAUGUGUUGUUGUUUUUAAUUAUAUCAGCUGCUUGUUAUUUGCUUUGAAAAACCGGAUGCUCUUAUAUAUCCAAGUUGCUAUGUAUCUUCAACAAUGAACUAUGCUAUAUAUAAUAACUUGUUUGUGAUUAG